AAAGGAUGAGAUGACACAUGUUGUUGUUUAUGACCUUAAUAACCUUACAUGUGUAUUAGUUUAAUGUAAACUAAACAGUUUUUCCUUUAUUGAAAAAUAGGUGGUCCAUUUUUGGACCACCGGUCCUCAAAGGGUUAAAGUGAAUGGUAUCGUGCUAAACAGUGGAUCCGGAGGAACAAACAUUUAGAUGAACAGAAACAUGAAAACGGGACAUAAAAGCUGUAAUGACGCCAACGACACAAUAUCAGAAGAAAUUUUCUACUAUUCUUAACCCGAUGCUAGAAAUAGCAUUUAUUUUCGAUGAAAAUGAACAAUAUAUUUGUAUUUAGCACGCAAAAUUGUGUAGGUGAAGUACGAAGUUUGAAAUAGUUUUGAAAACAGUAGAUUUUCGAGCUUUUUUGUCGCAUACAGAGCUUCAGAUAGAAGUGGCGAUCAGAACAGGGGUUCUUUUUAAACGAAAAGUUUUUCGAGUUUAGAAAAAGACAAUCUCACAGUAAUACACAUUGCAUUAGCGCCGCCACAUUUUCGCAAAUGUUGUUUAUAUAUAACUUACAGCAGAUGCAUCAUUAUAAAAACACAUUGUACUAAUUACCAUGAAAUUCGACUCAAGAUCUUGUUUACUUUUCAGUAGUCCAUUUCCUUGAAGUAAUCGUUUAAAAGUACAUCAUGUUGUUAAUGAAGUUUCCAGAAGAUGUUUCUACGAUGGCAUCCGUUGUCUACCCACGUUGAUGAAUCUUGAAAUAAGAACUUGCAAGAUCUUGUAUCAGGAUAGCGCAAGAUUUCGCAAAGUCUUCUAAGAACUCGUUAUAAGAUAUUGUGCAUUCUUGUGACAAGAUUUGAUAAGAUCUUACAGCAGAAAAUCCAAGAGUGUACAAGGUCUUACAUGAUUCUAUUACACGAUCUUCCAAGAUCAUACUGUAUGAUCUCACUACAAGAUUAUACAAGAAAAUGUCAGAUCUUGCAAGAUGUGUUUCAUCUGGGCAGCAAUCUCAAUAGAAGCCAACGUAUUUAUUUGAGCGUGAUUGACUGGCAUGAAGCUGGAUAAACAACUAAUUAUUAAUGGAUGCCUUCCUGCGAUUAAAGUUGAUCUUCACCAAUUUACUAUUAACCCUAGCGAACGUACUUACGAAGUACUUGGGUUAAGGAAUGAGCUUGUGGACUUGUCCAAGUAAAUUUACAUGAAAAACUUUAGCCAAGUGCUUGUUUCAUUUAUUUUGUAUUUUGUAUGUAUUUUGCAGCCACACUCUACUUUUGUAGAGCAGACACAAGCAUAGGUGUCAAGUUUGUUCAACUUCGAAGAAAUACCUAAAUUUACCUUCUAAGUUUAUAAUGAUUGAUAUUAUGACGUUUAUAUACGACUGGUCGAUGUAAAACAAAAGAGUGAUUGACUCGGCCAAGUACUUCCCAGGUCAGGCAAUCCUACAAGAUAAUAGAACCUACUGAUAAUAGAAUUUCACAGGAUUCCUAUUGCAGGGUCCUAUGAAAUCCUCUGGCAGGAAUUCCGUAGGAUUCUUGGUAUAGGACGGUAGCAAAACUCCUAUAGGAUUUCUAUAAUACGAAUCUUAUGCAUUUCUUUACAAAAUCCUACGGUAAGAUUUUGUGUAGAAUUUUGUAGGAUUUUUUCGUUCUGUAUAUAUUUUCUUUUCUUUUUCUAUACGAGAACACAAUCACCGACGUCUUUUGCAGUAACUCUACUAUAAAUACAACUCUACUGUAGAAAAUUAGAGAAUAAUUAAAUAAAUAAAAAUAAUAAGUCUAUUUUCAUUUAAGUUUCCUGUUACUGUGUGAUGAGCUGUGAUGUACAUGUGACGGUUGCACGUAGUAGGGAAUAACAACACAUUUAUGAUUGAAGGUGAACGGAUUUGGUAUGAAAACAGACAAAACAGGGGGAGGGGUAGCGACAUGCAGCAGCCACAGCAACUAGAAAAUCAGAUCAAAUCCUAUUGUAAGAUUAAAGUAGGAUUCUGUAGGAUCUUGGAAGAUUCUGCAAUAUAUGACUACAGGAUUCCGUAAGAAUCUCACAGUAGGAUUUUUUGACUUUGAGAAUUUCCUAUAAAAUCCUACAAGAUUUUUGUAGGAUCUUACAUGAUCCUAAAGUAGGGUCUUCUAAGAAUCUUGUAGGAUCCUACGGUACGACUGUUUGACCUGAGUUGGUUGAAGCGAAUCAAGUGACGGUACUUGGCGAGUACCUAGACAAGAACGUGACAAGUAAAAAACUGCCAAGUUCUUGUUCAAGUGCUUACUAAGUGAGGAAACUUGUCAGGUAGUUCAGCAAACAAUCAAGCACUUCCAUCGAGUACAUUUACUAGGGAAAGUUGAUAAUGGACUGAGGAUGCUGACAAAUCUAUCAGUAUGUCUCAAAAAGCCGUUUUUGAGAAGCAGACUCGCGAUUCUAGAGUUAUCGAGAUGCUUAAGUAGAUAUCAGGAAUUGAAUUUAUUUGUAAUUGGCUAUUUGCCCAGUUACUUCAUGUCAACAUUGUUGUUCUUGAGGAGUCUAGAGUGCUUGUACUAUGUGUGUGAAUAUCUGUUGCAGAGGGGGCAAGUCAAAGUCGAGACUUGAAGCUUUUCUGAUGAAUUGGGCUUGGGGAUUUUUUUAUCAAGUCUGUUUGAAGUUUAGAACCAAUGUUUUUAGUAUACAUUCCCAACUUAAAUAUUACACUUGCACUAGUGCGCUAUCUUUCGUUCGCUGUUUUCAUUGGCGACGAUCCAUCUUGUUACAUUUUUAGGAAAGUAAAUUAAUAAUAAUUAAUUAAUAAAUCGAUAAUAUAAUUAUCCACAUUUUUGUGUCUCUCAUUUUAACAUCUCUCCGUUGACACACUGAUUUUAUAUUUCAUGUUAUUUUUAAUCGUGCUUCUGUGUGUGUUGUUUGUAAAUGUUGAUGCCAGUGAUAAUUUCUUGGAAUUUGAUGGUUAUAAUUCGAAAAUUUAUGGAUUCGGUCUACGAGCAGAUCUCAAUGUUCCAGCACGUUAUUUUUAUUUGCAAACAUACGACAGACAUGACCAGAAGUAAUUUCUCUUGAGAAGACAUACAUUCACUAGUAUAGUGGUUGUUGUUCUAUUAGUUGUUCUCUCAAACUAUUCAUAUAUUCUGUUAUUCUCAGUUGAGUCAGUUUUAACUAAAAUUUGAGUAAACAACUGUAUAGUAGCGAUACCAUACAACGACAUGAUCCUAUUAGAUAGAAUCGUGCAAUACACUAACAGUUCAUCUAGGUUGAACGAAUCAUCUGGUUCUGAUCUAUUUCAAUUCGAACUAAAACAUGUGAAUGGGAGACAUGUUCAUUGUUAUCGCGAAGUACAAGAUUUAUAUGAUGGAACGUAUUUAUUUCGAUUCCGCUUAUUUGAAUCUGUUAAAGAUCUUCAACUAGAAAUUAAAUACCAGCAACAACAUAUUAAACAAUCACCCUAUAUCAUUCGAGGUUCUGUGUAUUCAGAUGGUUGUUAUUGUCCUGAAACAAAUCUUACAAAAUGGUAUGAAUCAAUGGAUUGUCAAACAUUAUCAACACGACAAUUAAAAGAAGAUUUUAAAGUUUAUAAAAUGAUAGAUAUGAAACAAGUUUUACAAUUAGCUAAAGAGAAAUAUUUCAAACGUUCUGGUACAUAUAGUCUAUGUCAUUAUGUUGUUAAACAAAAUAAAAUAUUUCGUCAAUGUUACGGACAACAUGUUGGAUUUAAAAUGUUUUCAGAUGCAUUGUUAUUAUCAUUAUCAAGAAAGGUUCAGUUACCUAAUAUGGAAUUUUUAAUGAAUUUAGGUGAUUAUCCGUUAACUUCACAUCAUGAUCAAUCUUCUCUUCCAAUUAUGUCAUGGUGUGGAUCGAAUUCAACUCUUGACAUCAUUUUACCAACAUAUGAAAUCACAGAGGCAACGUUACAAAUGAUGUCAAGAACAACAUUGGAUAUAUUUGCAAUGCGAACAGUAAAACAUCCAAAAUGGUCCGAUAAAAUUUCAAAAGGUUUUUUUCGUGGACGUGAUAGUUGUCGGGAACGUUUAGAUUUAGUGUUAUUAAGUCGACAAUAUCCUCAUAUUAUUGAUGCUGGUUUGACACGUAUGUUUUUUUUUCGAAAUGAAAUGCAAAAAUAUGAACCAAUGAGUGAACAAAUACCAAUGCCCAAAUUUUUUGAUUACAAAUAUCAAAUAUCUAUCGAUGGCACUGUGGCUGCUUAUCGUUUUCCUUAUUUACUAACUGGUUCAUCACUUAUACUAAAACAAGAUAGUUCAUACUAUGAACAUUAUUAUGCUGAUUUAAUUCCAUAUAAACAUUAUAUUCCAAUUAGAAAAGAUUUAAGUGAUUUAUUAGAAAAAAUACAAUGGGCGAAAGAAAAUGAUGAAGAAGUUCAACGAAUAAUUAAACAAGCACAACGUUUUAGUCAAAGAUAUUUAUUACCAAAUCAUAUUUUAUGUUAUCAUAUGAAAAUAUUUCAAGAAUACUCCAAACGUCUUCAAUCUUCAAUUGAGAUGUUGCCUGAAAUGGAAUUAGUUCAACAUGGAAAAGACGAAAGUCACAUCAAAAUUGAUCAUUGUCAUUGUCAUAGAACUUAUAAAGAAAAUCAACAACAAGAUGUAUCUCAACAUGUUGAACUUUGA